AUGCCGCCCAAGGCUGCGAAACCCACCAGCGACGAGCUCCUAGCUCAGUUCGACAACCUCGGCGUCGACUCAGCCGACAAGGAAUCCAAGCGCUCCGUCCCAGCGGUCUCCAACAAUGCUAAAUCCGAGCAGGAGGACAUCCUGGCCGAGCUGGACCACCUAGCUACCCAGCGCCCCAGCAGCGGUCCCGGCACGCCUCGCCUGUCCUCUGACAAAGCGCGGCCAUCCACCGCACGCUCUCCCCGGCCUAGUGCCACCAUCGACCGAACCAGCGAGGACAAGAUCGCCGCCCGCGCGUCCGAGGAAACAGGUCGGUCUUCUCGUCCCGUGCCGCAAGCCGAUCAAGCCCAAGCUGCUCCUGAAAAGACGGAUGGAACCGAUGAGGAGUCCCAAGGCGGAUGGUGGGGCGGGUUCUUCGCAACGGCCAGCGCAGCCAUGAAACAGGCGGAGGCGGCGGUCAAGGAGAUCCAGAACAACGAAGAGGCCCAGCGGUGGGCUCAGCAGGUCAAGGGCAAUGUCGGAGCUCUAAGAGAAUUUGGCGGCGAGUUGCGCAACAUGGCCAUUCCCACGUUCACCAAUCUCAUCCACACCCUUGCGCCCCCCAUCUCCUCCCACGAACGCCUACAGAUCCAUGUGACGCACGAUCUGUCCGGGUAUCCCGAACUGGACCCUCUUGUGUACAGCGUGUUCUCGCGCGUGAUGGCCCAAGUCGAAGGCGGAGACUUGCUGGUAAUCCAGCGGGGCCAGGAGUCCGCUCCCAAGCGGGGGAUGGACAUUGCGGGCUACCAGCUCUCGAGCACAGGCUGGAAUGACGGACCAUGGUGGCGGACGGUCACGCCCGGCAGCCCACGGAGUAUCUCUGCGGUGCCAGGUCUCGUUCCGGGGACCAAGCUUGCGCGCGCGAGUGCAGAGUCUUACGCGACGGAGUAUUAUUCGACGCGGGGUGGAAUUGAGGAAGCAGCGAAGCAAGCCACAGAAGUGCUGAGCGAAUCCAACCCCGUGCGGAGCAGCGAUAUUUUCCUGGCCAUCCAGGCCGUGAGCCAGAGCGUGUCCAAAGAGCUGUUCCAGGGGGGCGCGACAGGCGAGAAAGCCACUACCCCGGCCGGCGCAGUGGCCGCCGACGAGACAGAAGAGGAGAUUGUCUUUGCCCUGUACCUGCACGACCCCGUGCACGGCAUCGCCUUCCACGCCGUCUCCCAGGCCCUGCCGCAGAAAUGGAUCGAGUGGCUUGAUGCCUCGGCCCCUGCCGUGGAGAGCCCAGACGCUGAGGACGCGCAGGUGCCACGAGCUGUCACGCCGGAGGCUAUCGCGGAGAUUAUUGAGAGCGGUGGCGUGGAUCCGCGCGAGUGGGUUGCCGAGUGGGUGGAAGAGGCACUCUCGCUGUCUGCGGGCAUCGUUGCGCAGCGCUAUGUCGCCCGCCGCAUGGGUGUCGGCGAGGGUGGUGUUGGCAAGGGCAAGAUGCGAGCCGAGCAGGUGUCGACCGUCGAGAGCGGUGCAGGAGAGGCCGCGCGUGCCCUGUAG